AUGACGGCAGGGAGCGCCAACGCAACCCAAUUUCCCAUGAUGGUCAUCACCUACGGGGGAGUGCCUUUCCUGCUGGCCUAUUUUGCUUUCCUGGGCUUCGUGACGUUUCCUGCCAUGCGCCUGGAGAGCAACCUGGCCCAGUUCGCCGGAGACGGAAACAGGGGCAUCUUCAGCACAGUUCCGCUGUUCAUGGGCAUAGGCUAUACAAUAACUGCAUACGUCGUGUUCCGUGCGGUGACUGACACCAUGGCGCUAUCGGAUGCCCUGGCAUUGCUCCUGUCCUGGACUAGGUCAUUCGACUGGCACCACGAAUGUCCCGGAUGGUGGAUGACACGCAACUUCUCCUGCUACACCAUUCUACACGGUUCGACGCCUUGCAAGCUGGCGAGGGAUGAGCUAACUGACACCUUCAGCCACGACAUCUCGACUGAGGGCCUUCCAGUAGCCAGCGGGAACCAAGUGCUUCUUGUGCCUACCAAACACUACAAGGAUGAGGCGGAGGGCUGUAUUCCUGACUUGCCUCACACCGGAGCGCCAUUUCACUUCCGUCGACAGGCGAUCUGGGAGCCGGGGGCGUUCGACCUUCUCCGGGCAGAGCCGCUCUUCGCCAUCGCGGUUAUCUGGCUGCUGGUGUUCGCGAUCGCUCACAAAGGAUUCCUCAAGCUCAAGACGUUCUUCUACGCCAUCAUUCUCCUGCACGUUCUGACCACGCUGAUGCUCCUGCUAAGGGCCUCCACAUUGACUGGGGCCACGCGCGGACUUCGGCUGUUUCUGCAAGCCAACUGGACAUCCGUUACCAAUCAGGAGAUGUGGUCAAACGCCUUGUACGUGUCACUGGAGAGCGUCGGGGUCACUGGGACCAUCUACCUAAGCAUCGAGCGACUCAACUGCUUCAAGAACAGAUUCCAAGAGUGA